AUGUCCCCUCCACCCCGGGACCGCGUCCCCCGAGCCUGCGAACUCUGCCGUUCGCGAAAGAUCAAAUGCAACGGCGAACAUCCAUGCAGUGGCUGUGCCCGCCAUCCAGACCGCUGCACUUAUCGCACUGGCCAGAUCCGCAAGAGACGGACCCGUGUAGCCAAGGAAAGGGGACUUCCCCCGAGGCUUCCUGCCGCUUUGUUACCGGCUACCGUGGAGUCCCCGAUCACGCCGCAGGAUUCGGUCUCUGCAUGUCUGGACGAUCCGGAACACUAUAAGCGACAGCAGGAGCUGAGAGCCGGUAUUGGCGUUGCGAAUCCUGAGACGGGAAAUUUCCAGUUCUACGGACCCUCGUCCGGGUACUGCUUCCUCCAGCGGGUGUACCAGCGGAUCAAGCAGUCGUCUGGCGGCGAAUCGCUGCUAGAUCGUCGCAGCUGUUCUGUCCCGGACGGACUGCAGAAAUGGGGCAUGGACCGGUUCAUGUUCAUGCCCGGGUCCGACGCGGACCCGCGGGGCGGCCAGCGCCCGUCCCAGGCGUUUAUCCCCCGCUCUCUGGGAGAUAUGUUUAUCGAGGCGUAUUUCAAGAUCAUGCAUCCGCAAAUGUCCGUUCUCGUGCACUCUGAGAUCGUGGACGAGUGGAACCAGAUGUGGGAGGCGCCUGUGCUGGGCCGUGCGGCCAAGAACCAGGAGAUUCUCUUUAUGGUUCUGGCGAUCGGUGCGCGGUUGGUCAAUCUGAAGGGGCGACAGCCCGAGGCUCAGGUCGAUGGGUGGGGCGAGUAUUUCGCUAGUAGAGCGUCUGAAGGACCUAUAUUUUUGCAGGAGCCGAGUAUCAAAGGCAUGCAUUUGAUGCUACUCAAGGCUAUGUAUUCGCUGCAACUCAUGAGACAGAAUGAUGCAUACCUCUACCUCGGCCAUGCCACCCGUACAGCCAUGGUGCUGGGCUUGCAUCGGUCUCAGGUCACCGACGGACGCGACCACAACGCCCAUAGAUUGCGACUGACCUUCUGGACGACGUUCGUCUUCGAACGCAUCUCGUCCGUAGUCAUGGGGCGACCCUCCGCAUUCUCUGACCGACAAAUCGACUCCGUCUACCCAGACGACUUCCUCCUUAACAAAGACGACCCCUACCACCAGCCCUCCGUCGAAUGCGCCUUUAUCCGAUCCAUGAUCGACCUCGCAAAGCUAGCAGACCGCAUCUCGAUCGAAGUCUACUCCCCAGCCAGCAUCAAGAGCGUCGCAGACCUAGCCAAGGUCAACAAUCUGUGCCUCGAAUGCGACACCGCCCUCAAAGCCACCAACCGCUCCCUCCCCCGCUACCUCCACUUCUUCGACGACACCACCCCCAUCGGCGAAGACUGGCAAGAAGUCCAGCGCAUCAGCCUCGGCUUCAGCUACUACGUCAUCCGCAUGCUGCUGUACCGACCCGCCCUGGUCCUCACCACCUUCUUCCGCUCCACCGCCGAAGCCCAACACCAGGCCCCCUGCGGCCUCAGCCUGCAGUCGUGCAUCGACGAGUCCACCUCCGCCGCCCGCCAUCUCAUCAACCUCGCCCACGACGUCUACUUCCGCCGCUUUCCCGACGCACGGUAUGACAGUGCGCUCGUUUGCUCCCUGGUCUCCGCGUGCGUGACACUUCUGUACGAUGUCCUGAGCUCAGGCACCGACCGCGAGCGAACCCGCCAGACCUUCGCCGUCGUCGACCGCGGCAUCCAGUGUCUCGACGAGGUUGAACACGCUGGCUAUACCACAGGGAAAGCAAUGAGCUUGGAUUUGAUGAAGAUCGCCAAACAGGCUGUCCAGGCUGCCGAUCCGGUCGUGGAUACCAGUCAGUCGCUGGUGGAUUCGUUCCCGUGGUUAGACAACUUCCAAUGGACAGCAUCGUCCGUCCCAAAUGGGAACGCCCCUCCGACCCCGCUGGAGUUUCCCCAAGAUGUAGACUUCCCGGGGAUAGGCACGCUGGCUGGGGAUGUCGCGGGGCUGAUGGGGUCGGAAGUGAAUUAUUUGUGGCUGGCGCAUGGGUUCGAGCCGAGUGCGAUCCCGGAGUGUUUGUAUUGA